GGAAACCCAUUAAGAGUAGAUUCCAAUAAUCUGCCUCAUGGAGAGCGCAAGAUCCAUGAUGUUGAGGAGAAAGUAGCUGAUCUUCAUUGCAGUGACAAACAUGCUGAGGAUGCUGAUGCCAUCUUUGAAAAUAAGCCACAACAAGAGUCUAGCUCUUCAAAAGAAUUAAAUAAUGAACUGGAGGCAGCAGUUUCUUGUAAAUUUUAUCUUGAAAAUGGUGCACUUGAUUCUUUUUCUGACGUUCAUCCUUUGAUCAAUAUGAAGUUGUUGCAAAUGCGGAACUCAUUCAAGAAAACUCAUGGAGAUCCAACUUACAACGGGAAUUCAUGUCCCCAGUGCAUCAAACAAGGCUUGCCUUGUUCCUCCACUGGUACACACUGUUCGCUGGAUGGAACAAAAAUUGACCAAAUUUCUAAAGCUAAGAAUAUGGGUCUCUUGGAACUUUCCCCUGAGGAUGAAGUGGAGGGAGAAAUAGUUUACAUUCAAUCUAAGCUGCUUGAUAAUGCCAUGUCAAUCAAGCAUAAAUAUGAUGAUUUAUUGUCGAGGAUAGUUAAGAACCUUCCUCAUGAGCUAAAUGAAUCAACUAAACAGAAAUGGGACUUAAUCCUUGUUAAUCAGUUUUUUCAUGAAGUUAAAGAGGCAAAGAAGCGAGGGAGAAAAGAGAAGAAGAACAAAGAAGCUCAGGCUGUAUAUGCUGCUGCUGCUGAAGCAGCAGCUGUUUCAUCAAGAAACUCAUUAAGGAAAGACAACAAUGAUGAGAUUAUAGCAGCUGCUCAAGAAAUUCCUGCAAACUUAAACGCUGCAACUGGGAGAGCUGGUUUGCCAUUGGUACCUAGGCCAAAGGAGGUUCUUAGGUCAGCUGUUUUAAAAUUGACGUCAGAUAAGCAGUCUAUGGCUUUUCAGAUGCCUGAAUUCUUGAAAGACAAUGUAUUGUCUUGUGAAAUAUGCAUGCGAACUGAGACAAUGUUAAAUCGCAUCUUUGUCUGUUCAACCUGCAAGGUUGCUGUUCAUUUAGACUGCUAUCAAAGGCUUUCUGAAAUUCCAGUUGGUCCAUGGGAGUGUGAGCGCUGUGAGGAAAUGUCACUGUCAUCUACUAGCCCCCAGAAUGUAUCUGAUGCUAAUGAUAGAAAUGCUAUGGUUCAGUGUUGCUUAUGUGGUACUCUGCAUGGUGCUAUGAGAAAGUCAGCAGAUGGACAGUGGGUUCAUGCCUUCUGUGCAGAGUGGUUGUUGGAGACAAGUUUUAGGAGAGGACAAGAAAACCCCAUUCAAGGAUUGGACAAUAGUUUCAAAGGGAAGGACACCUGCUCUAUAUGCCAUCUCAAUGUUGGUUCAUGCCUAAAGUGCAGUUAUGGAAAUUGUAAGUGUCAUUUUCAUCCUUUCUGUGCUAGUAGUGCUGGGUUUUACAUGAAUGCCAAGGUUACUGGCAGCAGCAUACAACACAAGGCCUAUUGUGGCAAACAUAGUGUAGAACAGAGAGAGGCAGACAACCGACAGUGUGGAGUUGAGGAUCUUAAGAGUUUAAAACAAAUAAGGGUUGAAUUGGAAAAAGUACGUCUACUUUGUGAAAGGAUUAUAAAGAGAGAAAAGUUAAAGAAAGACUUGGUUCUUUGUUCACAUGAUAUACUUGCUUCGAAAAAGGAUUCUACUACAUACUCGGCACUUGCAACCAGUUCCUUCUUGCAUCCUGGCGCCAGUUCAGAAUCAGCUACUACAUCUAUAAAUAAUAGGUCACACAGUGGAAUGGUACUGAGAUCAGAUGAAGUUACAGUGGACAGUACCUUUUCUAAUAAACGUAAAAUUAGAUUUUCUUUGAGUAAUAAGGAUGUGGACAGACAUACUGAUGAUAGUUCCACGUCACAAUCAUCAAUCAAACGAAAAUUAGCAGAGCGGGAUUCUCUUGCUGGUAAACAACUUCCACGGAGAUCAGCAUCAAUGGCUUUCCGGAUAUCUGUAGAUGAUGGAAACAGGAAAAUUAAGGAAAAAAAGGAGGCCAUUCAGGAUCUUGCGUUAUCGUCAGAUCAAACAUCAAUGCAAAAUCAACGGCCUUCCAAGGGGUAUUUUUAUGUCCCUGUUGGUUCUCUUUCCAAAGAAAGGGCACUGAAGAAGGAUAUGGAUCCUCAUGAGCCAAGAGAACCUGGUGGAUAAGUUCAAGGAUGAAUUAUUCAAGUGCUCUUUUCCAUUCUUGGUGGCUUUGGGUCCCUGUGGACAAAUUUAAAGGUGAAUACCAGGCAAUCGAUUUGCUGAUGAUACAGAAACAGCAAACUGAUGAAAGAGGUUCCACCAGUGUUAAAUGCCCUGAGAUUUAUAAGAGGACACUGGUGAAAACAGGGUUUGCCAUGCAUUCAUACAACACCGAUGCAGCCCGGAGAAGAAAGUAUUGAUGUCAACUUCGUUUAUAUAUCAAAGGAAAGUAUUAUAAAAGUGGAAGAGCUGAGUAUCCUUUGAUGUAUGAUCUUAGUUGUCCAUGUUAACUGCCAGUGUUGAGCUUGAUUACUCACUUCAUUGGCUACAUGGAAGCUUUCAUGGGUAAUAGAGAUCCCAUAGGUUACAGGUUUUGUAAACUUUUGUACAUUCUUGGCCUUUAAAUUCCCAGCCCUUGUCUGAAAGGACAAGCCCCUUUUUUGGUGAUGGUGGUAGUAGGCAUGCCUUGAGACAUAUUUUGCUGGAAAUGAAAAUUUAACAGUCAAAUCCCACAUUUAGCAUUCAAUUAGUCUAGAAAAGAAUGUACUAUGUAGUGAGAAUUAGUCAAUAGGUAGAUUAGUAGGUAGGAGCAGAAUCAGCAUUUGGUUGUUGUAAUAGGCAAUUAUGGUUGUAAUGAUACAUAAAUCGUAGUCUAAAAAACUACAAGUUGUUUCCA